AUGCACCUCCCUUCCGUCUUCCGCCUCGUGGCCACUGCCACUCUUGCAGUCUGCCAGUCCAGCAACAACACAACAGGCAAGCUAGGAGACGCUCGUCCGGUCCAUAACAAUCCCGUCAUCGGCGAAGUCUGGAUGGCAAAGUUCGAUUCUCCUACAGUCAAGGGUUUCGUGACCGCCGUCGCAAAUACCGUUGGUGCCAACUACACCAUUGACGUGACGGGGCUUCCGGUAGAGCAGGGGCCGUUUAAAUACCACGUCCACCUCCGCCCCGUUCCCUCUGACGGGAACUGCGCCGACACAGCUGGCCAUCUUGAUUCCUACCUGCGCGGCGACAGUCCGCCAUGCAACAGCGCGGCGCCUCCGACUUGCGAGGUUGGCGAUCUUUCGGGGAAGUAUGGAAUGGUGACCGGACCUAGCGUGCUGAAGAGCUUCAACGACCCUUAUUCAGCGCUUAAUGUCAUCAACUUGGGAUAUAUCGGAAAUAGAGGGAUCGUCUUUCAUGAUGCUAGUUCGGCGCGGAUUGCUUGUGCUACGUUGCAGAAGGCUGAGUGA